AUGAUACCUGUUGACCGAGUUGAGAAAUCUCUUGUAGGGGAUCCAUCGAAAGUGAUUGUUGCUUCUGGUGGAAGCUGGAGAAUUUGGCCUUUCUCUUUCAAAAGAUCAAGGUCCAGGAAGACUCCGCAGCAAGCUCUAAAUGAUACUAGAAGUUCUGACUCAGAGAAUGUGUCAGAUUUCAACCUUCACACUAGUAGAGAUGAGGAUGUGAUUAAACCUAAGGUCACCAAAAAAAUGGUGAGGGCCAAUACUCCAACAUCUGAACAAUUGGCAUCCUUGAAUCUGAAGGAAGGGAGGAAUGUGGUGACCUUUACAUUUUCCACUGCAAUGCUGGGGAAGCAGCAGGUUGAUGCGAGAAUUUAUCUAUGGAAAUGGAACACUCACAUAGUUAUCUCCGAUGUUGAUGGGACGAUUACAAGAUCGGAUGUUCUAGGUCAGUUCAUGCCUAUGGUUGGGGUAGACUGGUCACAAAUGGGCGUUGCACAUUUGUUUUGUGCUAUUAAGGAAAACGGCUAUCAAUUGCUUUUUCUAAGUGCACGUGCAAUUUCUCAAGCCUAUCAUACUAGACAAUUUCUACUCAACCUUAAACAGGAUGGGAAGGCUUUACCAGAUGGUCCUAUUGUUAUAUCUCCUGAUGGACUUUUUCCUUCUCUAUUUCGUGAAGUCAUCAGAAGGGCUCCUCAUGAAUUCAAGAUUGCAUGUUUGGAGGAUAUCAGGGCUUUGUUUCCUUCUGAUUGCAAUCCUUUCUAUGCUGGUUUUGGAAAUAGAGACACUGAUGAGAUGAGCUAUCUCAAGGUUGGAAUCCCAAAGGGAAAAAUCUUCAUCAUUAAUCCAAAGGGUGAAGUUGCUGUGAACCGCCGUGUUGACACAAAAUCAUAUACUUCGCUUCGUACUCUUGUGCAUGGCAUGUUUCCACCCAUGACAUCAUUUGAACAGGAGGAUUUUAAUUCCUGGAAUUACUGGAGAUUACCUCCUCCACUUAUUGACAUAUGA